CAUCAGCACCAUCAGGAGGAUCUAACAAACACUCUCUGCUGAACGAAGAUGACUUUACCAGUUAACAAACGUGUGGAUCCUGUUUUCUUUCACAAUAAAAGGUCUCAGCUUGCAGACAUGACCACAGCCAGCUGUCUCCUAUCUGAAGACCAGUUCCGGUGCUUUGUAUGUCAGAAUGUCUUCACGGAUCCGGUCAGCACACCAUGUGGGCACAACUUCUGUAAGAACUGCGUCACAGAAACCUCCCAUGCUGAUGUCCCCUUUCAGUGUCCAAUCUGUCAAAGGAUGUUCUUCCCAAAACCAGAGCUGCAGGUCAACACUCUGAUCGCUGAGCUGCUGGACAUGUUCAGACGGUCAGCUCAGCGCCAGAAUCGAGAGCCAGUUAGAGGAGAUUUCUUCUGUAGAACUAGAAGUAAUGCCUUUAAAAUAUUUUUAUUUUGUCUUUUCUUGAUUGUAUCCUCCCAAGUAAAAUAUGGCCCUCAUCUGAAAGAGGAAGCAAAGGGAAAGAAACCAGAAUCACCAGAAGAAAACAAGCUUUCUGCCGUUCACCUGGAGCAGCUUUUCACUGAGGUGAUGAAGAAAGAAAUCCCCAGACUGUUGAUCCGAGCCGAGCUGAUGAAGGCUCAACGCUACGCGGUGGAUGUGACUCUGGAUCCGGACACUCUGCAUCCCAAACUUGUCCUGUCGGCUGACAGGAAACAAGUGAGAUGUUGUGAUCCACAGAAGAAUCUCCCACACGACCUAAAGAGGUUUUUAUAUUAUAAAUACGUUUUAGGGGAGCAGAGUUUCUCCUCAGGUAGGUUCUACUUCGAGGUCCAGGUGAAAGGAAAGACUAACUGGACUUUAGGGGUGGCCAAAGAGUCGGUCAAAAGGGUAGGACUCAUCAGACUCAGGCCCCAGUUUGGUUACUGGUCCUUAACUGUGAGGAAUGGAAAGGAGUACAGUGGUCUGUCUGAGCCUCCAGUCCAUUUCUCUCUUCAGUCUCGUCCUGAAAAGGUGGGGGUGUUUGUGGAUUACGGGGAGGGUCUGGUCUUCUUUUAUGAUGUAGAUGCUGCUGCUCUCAUCUACUCCUUCACUGGCUGCUUCUUCACAGAGAGACUCCAUCCGUUCUUCGGUACGGGUCACAAUAACAAUGGUACAAACGGAGAGCCUCUGAUCAUCACAGCUGUCCGCCUCCCAGAGUAACUCCUUAUUAACAGGAUGUUCCUUUAAAAGUGCCUUCCUUACAGUUUUCUAAAUGCUCUUUGACUUUGAUGAACUGUUGUAAGUCUUCAUUCAGAGUCUGAUUAAUUAAAUGUAUCUUACUGAUCUUUAAAUGCUGAAGAUAGAUUGAAAGACAAGGUAAAAAGCAAAAAAGUUAUGAAAAUCAUUGACACAUUUUGAUGAAAUAGAUAAAUAAGUGUACUUUACUGGUAGCACAAUCUGUACCAUCAGCUCAUUUGCGCACUGGCAACCAGAUAUACAACCAGCAGAUUUAUAGUGACCCAGGUCCAUCCACCCAUGUGCAGAAACACCCUCAAAGCAUGAUGCUACCACCCCCAUGCUUCACAGUAGGGAAGGUGUUCUUGGGAUGGUACUCAUCGUUCUUCUUCCUCCAAACACUGUUAGUGGAAUUA